CAACUCUCUAUCUCAUCCUCUACACAAGUCUAAAUAGUAACGAUGUCCGAUAACUCGCCCCACGUGGCCUCUCUCCUGCACAAGAAGCCGCAUUACCACUCCGAGCUGGGCUCCAUCCAAGCCAUCACCGCCGAAGAUCUCCCCAUCCUCAAGAACCUGUCCAUCAAGCGUCUACGUCUGGCGCGCAAUGCGAUCCGCGAGCCCCACUGGCACGCCAAUGCCAACGAACUGGCCUACUGCUUGCACGGCAAGGUUCUCAUCUCCAUCCUCGACAGCGGUAACGAAUUCUCCGUGUUCACCCUGAACCGGGGAGAGAUGUUUUUCGUAGAAUCCGGCUCUCUGCAUCACAUCGAGAACAUCGGCGAAGGUGAAGCAGAGCUGAUUAUCUGUUUUCGCCACGAGCGCCCGACGGAUUUCUCCCUCGCCGCCUCCCUGGGGGCGAUGAGCGAUACGGUCCUAGGCAACACCUACGACCACCACGCGUCUGACUGGAAGAACAUCGCCAGGGAUACACAGACCAAGUAUAUGGUUCGCCGACAGGGAGAGGUCGAUCUGCCUCGCACUGCUCUCCUGCCCAACCGCCAUAAGUUCGACGUCGAAGGCAUGACGCCACCCACCUCCCAUGAUUUCGGCACCGCACGAACAGCCAAGAGUCAGUUUUGGCCCGCCCUGCCCAACAUGUCCAUGUAUUCUCUGCGAGUGGAGGAGGACGGUAUGCGGGAGCCGCACUGGCAUCCGUCGACGGCCGAGAUGGGAUACGUGGCUGAGGGUACAGGGCGCAUGUCGGUCAUGGACCCCGACGGGUCGGUCGAUACUUAUAUCCUGAAGCCCGGUGAUGUGUACUACAUCCCUGUGGCCUACCCGCAUCAGAUUGAGGCAGUGGGAGAUGGUAGAAUCCACUUCUUGAUCUUCUUCGAUCAGCCCAUGCCGCAAGACGUGGGCUACCGGAAUGCUGCCACCUUGUUGACGCCGGAGAGUAUGGCUGCCACCCUUGGGGUGGAUGUCAAAAACCUCCCCAAAUUCCCUCACACCCCCAAAGAUCCUCUGAUUGUGAAGAAGCGCAACGAGGUGGAUCCAGUGAAAGCCAAGCUGUGA